CCUUGAACUCCGGGAGUUAGAACAAAAGCUCCGAUCCGCGUACACGAGCAAGGAGCGAGCUGCGCAGAUCGCUGACAAAGCAGCCAGGCAGUAUGAGAAAAUGAAACAGGAGGGUGAAACAGCCCGAAAGAUGAAGGAAGAGUACGAAAGGGUAACACAAGAAGAAAGGUCUGCAGAGCUGAGGCGAAACCAGGAGAAAAUAAUGUAUCAGCAAGAACUGGAAAAACAGCUUGAGGAACAAGAGAGGAAGAAGCAGGAUGCUUAUGAAGAGUUUCUAAGAGAGAAACUCAUGAUUGGUGAAAUUGUAAAGAAGAUCUAUGAGGAGGACCAAAUGGAAAAACAACUGAAGUUAGAUAAAAUGAGAGCAACUCAGACAUAUAUUGAGGAAUUUAAAAAAGAGCAAGCUAUCUGGAGGAGAAGGAAACAGGAGGAGAUGGAAGAAGAAAAUAGGAAAAUUAUGGAGUUUGCCAACAUUCAGCAACAACGAGAAGAAGAUCGGCUGGCUAAAGUUCGAGACACUGAGGAGAAAAAACAAAGACUUCAAAGCAUGCUUGCCCAGAAGCUAGAAAGGGAACAACAGAAGCGUGAGGAACUGGAACAAAUCCGCCAAGAGCUGUAUCUGGAAGAACAAGCGGAGGCAGAAAGGAAGAAGGAGAUGGCAGAAAUUGAAAAGCGAAUAAGGCAACGCGUAGACUUAAGGCAAACGUAUGAGGAGCAGUUUGCCUUAAAGGAGGUGGCGCGACAAGCGGUGCGAGAGGAGGAAGAAGCCUUCAGACAGCAGAUGUUGGCCAAGUUUGCAGAGGAUGAUCGCGUGGAACAGAUGAAUGCUCAGAAACGAAGAAUGAAACACCUUGAACACAGAAGGGCUGUGGAAAAACUUAUUGAAGACCGUCGCAAACAGUUCAUUGCAGAUAAAGAGCGUGAACUUGAAGAAAGGCAGUGGGAGGAGAGGAGACAAGAAAACAUCCGCGCAAUUGUUGAAGAAGAGAGACGGAAACUCUUGAAAGAGCAUGCGUCUAAACUAUUGGGUUAUCUUCCUCGAGGAAUACUCAAAGAUGAAGACGACAUUAACAUGCUCGGAGAGGAAUUUCGGUCAGCUUAUCAGAAGAGAAGAGUUACGCUGAAGGAGGAAUCCAUGGAACUGGCUGAGGAUGUAACGUUCAUAGAGCACCUGCGAGGGUGGCGCCAUCAUGCCCGCCUGUAUCCCGAAGCAGCGGCUGAGGGCCAGGGGAAGAUUCUUCACCUUGACUAA